AUGUUAGCGUGCCAUACUUUCAAACAUUAUUUUGCUAACCCGGAGUUCGGUGUCGAGUAUGCCAUCGAAGAGCAAAAUGACAAGUCAACUACGAGAUUAGAGAGUCGUGUGGAUGACAUCGAAAUUCUACAAAGUCGUGAACACACGGAUGCCUAUGCGACAUAUUUGGCCGACUUUAGCAAGCGAGAUCGUGAGCCUGUUUAUUCAGAUGAACUUGGUCUAGCCAUUGAAAAACUUCCAAUGGGUUAUUCAUUAAGUACACUAUGGGAUAUUCUCAGUUGA